CACGACUCCACUCUCUCGAGCCAAAGACUCGUCCGGGGUUUUGCGCUGCAACCGCCUAGUGGGCGGAAAGCGCGCUUGCCGCUGCCUCUUUUCUCGGUCGUGACUUACUGCCAUUGAGGCCAAUGUCUCAACCAAGAAUGCGUCUUUUUUUCCUGCUCUCACUUGACUUUACCCUUCUCAUACUUCCCAAUCCACAAUGGAGAUGCUGCGGACACUGGUGCCUUUUUUUGUCUGCCUUCCUUCUGACUGUAAUCCGUCCACGGGUUUGACCCCCUUCCGUGGGUCCCUUUUUUCUCACCUUUCCUUUUUGGUUAUUUUUGGGAUGUUUACUUUUUUUCUUUGGAAUUUUGUUUCGUCCAGCCCAAGACCAACCCGGCUCCCCCUCUCACGGCUGACCUACAGAAACAAAGAAAAUCCUCCGAAUGAUGAUUCUUGUCCCACGGGAUAUGACCUCAGCUCGGGAACUGAGUUUCCAGCCCUAUCUAUCGACCUGCAAUAUCAGAGUCAGGAGAUGUUGCCCUGUCCUAUCACACACUACAGAGAAACGGCAUCUUUCCGAAGAAUGGAGAACAAUACCCGUCAUAUCGUACCAUAUCAUUCUUCACUUGUCGACGGUUGCCCACUCGCCUCACUUCUGAAGAAACUACUCCGUAAACACAGAGAAUCCACCGAUACUGGCCUCUACUAAGAUGACCCAUAAGACUUACAGAGCACUACCUACGCAGGAGGACCCAGAUCCGAACCGACGAAUCACCACCGCCGAUUACUUUUUCCUUGAACGUGUCAAAUCCACAUCAGCAGUCAACGAAUCGGCCCGA